AUGAAUGAUAAGCAGGAGUUGCUAGAGGUGUUGAGGCUCCAGCGUGAUGUACAGAGGGCCACGCUGGAGCGGGUACAGGCCGAGGAACGUGUUAUUCUUCUGCAGAGGGAUAUUGAUAAGCAGAAGCCACAUGAGUUUACGAACUCUGCUCGCUGGUGCCUGCGCUGGCGCCUCGAGUACUCCACCGCUCAGCUGUACCUGAACAUCCUACAGGUCGCCGACACCAUAUGGAACUCCAUGCCCCGCAUGCAGAAGCAGCAGAAGAUUCAAGCCGUCGACAUCGAGGCCCGCCUUGCAGACGACUUCGAACGGCAGAGCAUGCGCGAGAUCGUGAUUGAUGGACAUGAGAAAGUGCUGGAAGACGUGGCCAGCAUCCUGCCAAUGUUGGAUUGCGUCAUUUACGACCGCAUGUGCCGUGCACUGGCGGCUGUUCCAUGUUCUGAGCUGCUGUGCGGCAUCAAACAUUUCUGCGUGGAAAAAUUCCAUGCCUACGGCCAAGCCUCGAGCUGUCCAUGCUCUCCCUACGUGCACAGCCGUAUCGACAAGAGAUUCCAGCACGUGGAUACGUCCGUGGCAGAACAAACCUUCGCAUGGUUUCGCAACGACGCCGGCACAUUCAACACCAUGGCCCGCCUGAGGUACGUCUUCUAUGUGACGUUCUAUGUGCAGAAGCAUAUCGAGCUUGUCCGGCAGAACAGUCCCUUCGGCUCCAACAAGAAGCGCUUCCGUACACGUCCAUAUGGCUGCCGCAAGCCUGCCUCCGCGAAGAAGAUCCUCCGUCGCCCAAGCUCCAAGGCCGUGCUACGUCGCCCGGCAUCCUGUACGCGCAAGCGUCCAUCUUCCUCGCGAGUAAGCUGA